AUGGAGCACCUUAACACUUGCCGCCAGGAAUCUGUCAGCCCGUCCUCUACUAGCUCAUCCGGUCCCGACUCUUCUGGCUCUUCUGUUUUUGAGAAGCUUCAUCCAUCUCUCUACGCCCCAAUCUCCAGACCUUUUUGCCCCGAACAUGCAACCCUUCUCAUGGAGAUAGACAUUGAGUAUGAUCGUUACAAAACAGCAUCUGAGCUCUGCGACCUUAUCAUCGAACGAAUAGCCUUCCUUUGUGCCAAAGUAUCACCUGUGGAUCCUAUGACAGCACAGGAGUAUUUGGAAUAUUUCAAGGAGUCGAAGUCUUCACUUGCGGAGAUGCGUAGACACAUACAGCAGGGUCGUUACUGGGUUGCUACUGUUGGCAUUGUCCCUAGUAUGGGAGGCAGACUCUCCGACUUGCGUGCUGUCAGCAGUGAGGUGGAUAGCAUGAUUCAGCUGUACAGAGAGACUAAAGAAAUGUUGGAAAUGUUGAUAAGAAACGUCACUAAGUGGGAGAAGUCACGAAAUAGAUGGUCACCUCUUAUCAUCAAUCCCAGUCGCUACGAACAGCAUACGCUCACGCUUCUGAUUGCUCUUCUCCCAGCAAAGUUCAUUGAUGAUAAUGGAAGAGAGUUGGAAGAGUUUGAGGAGGUGAUGGCUCUGUCACAAAAGCGCAGGGGCAGCACUGCAACUGUGCAGGAGGUAGAAGAGAGGUUCAGAAAUCUCAGCCUGUUAGGUGCCGCUCCAUUUAAAGAGGAAGAUAUCAGGAGAGGCGUUGAGCAGGCUGCUAAAGAGCCCAUCGUGCAGCGAGCAAUGAAGAUGACUGAUUGGAAAAAGCCAAUAAGCGAGGGAGUCUUUGCGGAUGACGUGGAGACGGAGGUUCAGAAAGAAGUCCAAGAGCAGGAGAUGAUGGACGUACCGGAGCUGGUAGAUGUGGCCGGUCAGUAG